AUGUUUUUGUCGAAACGAUGGCGUUUUGUCUGGACGAUGCUCCCUAAACUCGACUACACAAAAAGCAACAGACGCGGGUACCGGAAGAUAUGUGGUUGGGACUUCAUCGACAAGUCAUUGCAACUCCACAAGGCACCUUCACUAGAAUUAUUGAGUAUCCAAAUUAAUCAUCAAAAAUGUCCGGUUGAUUUCGAUAUCGGAAAGUGGGUUGACCGUUGCGUGCGAGAGCUGAUUUUGAGGAUUAAUUUUAUACCAACUACCGCAAAUCCUACCAGCUUGCCUAAGAGCCUUUACUCCAGCAAAGCGCUUGUGAAACUGAGUCUAUCGGGAAGGUUUCUAGUUGAUGUUCCUUCCCCGGCUUGCCUCCCGUCCCUUAAAUCGCUGGUCCUUAAAUUUGUGGUGUAUAAGGACCAAGAUUCUCAUGUUAAGCUUUUAUCGGGUUGCCCUGUUCUUAGAUAUUUGUACGUCUUACGUGAUAAUCAUUGCAACGUGACAAGGUUCAGUGUGAAAGUUCCUUCUUUAGAGAAGUUAGAGUAUGUGGAUCGGUCAUUCUUUCACAAUGAUAAGCGCCUGGUUAUAGAUUGCCCAAGAUUAAAUUACCUUUACAAUUCUGGCAGUUUUCGAGACGGUUUCUUAAUCAAGAAUAUGCCUCGCCUUGAUGUGGCCAAGGUUUUACGCUACGGUUAUCACCCGAAUGAAGAGUUUCUGACAUCUUUGUCCUCUGUCAGGUUUCUUGUUUUGGGUCCAAUCAAGGUCGCAGUUUUUAGUGCCAUUAACUUCUCUCGGCUGAUAAAUUUUACUUUGCGGAUACAUUGUUUAGACAAUUGGUUGGAACCACUUAUGCUUUUGCUUCAUAAAGCUCCUAAACUAAAAGCUCUUAAGAUCACCUCUGUUGAGGAUUUUAGGUGGAAAGGCUUUGGAGGAAGAAGAGCAGAGAAAAAAUUUCUGGCUUACAUCCUCGCAAACUCAAACUGUUUGAAGACGGUGAGAAUCUCACUGAGACCUUACAAGGCUGAUGAAGUGAAAAAGAAGAUAAUGGAGUUAGAAUCUAUGUAUAGGGUUUCAACAUCAGCUCAGGUUCAGUUUUAUGCUUGA